ACAUGAAAAUAACCAAAGCUCAACUUUCAAAUUCCUCUUCUGCUGAUGCUGACGUUGGCACUUAUGAAAAUCCUCCGUCAUUCCACUACCCACCAGCGCAAUUUUUUGUUAAGAAGGGUUUGGCCGGAGAUCUGGCCACUUCUGACAGUUUUGGUGGCGUGGGAAACUCAAGAUGCGAGGUUGACAUUUCCGAGUUAAUACCUCUGGUUGUACAUAGUCAAAAGACUGAGGUACAUCGCGAUCUUGACACUCGAAACCAACUGGCAAGGGCGAGCGUCAGCGAGUCAGCGAGUCACACCGGAUAAGAGCGC